GGGUCUGCUAAAUAAAUAUACGCAAAUAUAACAAUAGUGUUUUUUCAGCAUCGUUAUCCACAGCAUACUGGCAGGAUAAAAAUCGUUGGUCCUAUGCCCGCCUGCAGGAUGGGGGUUUGGGCGUUAUCUGAAAACCUUUUCCUGAGUAAGGUUUCCAAGGAACUCUGGAAAGUAAAGUGAAACGCAUUAUUCCCAGUUGUCCAAAGAUGGGAGUUUUAAGCUGGGACUGUUUUCUCCCGAUUUUGCUUGUUGUGGGACAGCAGCUGUGUGACUCUGGAUCCACUGCUGAUGACUGUCUUCAGCUCCAUCCUCCCAGAGUGGUGGUGAGACAUGGAGACCCAGUAUCAGUGAACUGUACAGUGUCCACAAAUCACAUUGGGAUGGGCUGGGCAGCUUCAGUAGAUGACGUACCUAUUACAACUGGUGUCCAGUUUCUCACUUGGAGGGUGGAAAGUCUGACAAUCUGGGACUUAGGGCCUCUGUGCUAUGCAAACCGUCCAGGAAAACCUCAAUGUAUGGAACGUCUCUCAGUCACUGUGUACAAACCCCCAGACAGUGUUUCUGUCAGUUCUGUGAACUCUACUGACUCCAUGGUGGAGGGGAGUCAGUACCAUCUGAAGUGUGAGAUCCAGAACAUCGCUCCUGUUCAGAACCUCACUGUGAAGUGGUACAAAGGGGACACAUUAGUACAUGGAGACAGAGACUAUGUCAUAGAAGACAGAAAGUCUGACAGAGAAAAGGCACCAGUGAGUGUGGCCUCCACCAUUCUGAUCACCGCCAACAGAACUACUAACAGAACUGAUGAUAAAAUACAGUACAUUUGUGAGGCAGAACUGGACCUGGGACCAGAAGGACCACAACCUCCCCUAGCAGUGAAAUCAACACCCCUCAGGGUCGCUGUGCACUAUAAACCCACUAUCACCCCAAUAGCUACAGAACUUCACGUAAUCCGUGGUAAGUCUGAUGUGUUAAACUGCAGCGCUAAAGGGAAUCCCCCCCCGGAUAUUGUUUGGAUCUUCAAUGGCCAGCGAUUACCAACACAGGACGGCAUUUACACCAUCUCCGAGACAGAUGAUGAGGGAAAAUAUACCUGCAGGGCAAAUAACUACGUAGGGAUCCAUGAAAAAACACUGCGGGUGAUUUUUACAGCUGCUGCUGAUGGCUGUCUUGAGCUCCAUCCUCCCAGAGUGGUGGUGAGACAUGGAGACCCAGUAUCAGUGAACUGCACAGUGUCCACAGAUCACAGUGGGAUGGGCUGGGCAGCUCCAGUAGAUGACGUACCUAUUACACCUGGUGUCCAGUUUGUCACUUGGAGGGUGGAAAGUCUGAGAAUCUGGGACAUAAAGCCUCUGUGUUUUGCAAACCGUCCAGGAAAAGCUCAAUGUAUGGAACGUCUCUCAGUCACUGUGUACAAACCCCCAGACAGUGUUUCUGUCAGUUCUAUGGACUCUACUGACUCCAUGAUGGAAGGGAGUCAGUACCAGCUGAAGUGUGAGAUCCAGAACAUCGCUCCUGUUCAGAACCUCACUGUGAAGUGGUACAAAGGGCACACAUUAAUAUAUGAAGACAGAGACUGUGUCAUUAAAGAUAGAAAGUCUGACAGUAAAAAGGCACCUGUGAGUGUGUCCUCCACCCUCCUGAUCACUGCCAACAGAACUGAUGAUAACGUACAGUACAGCUGUGAGGCAGAACUGGACCUGGGACCAGAAGGACCACAAGCCCCCCUUGCAGUGAAAUCAACACCCCUCAGGGUCACUGUGCACUAUUCCCCAUAUUUCCUUGGUGCCAAAACUGAAACGUAUUCAGUCUACAAGGGUCAUGAGGUGACGUUAAACUGCACAACUGAGGGAAACCCCCCACCUGUGUACGCCUGGAGCACCCCAGGCUCCCUGGAAAAGCGCCAUGAUGAGCCAGUGUUCAACUCCACGCUGCUGCCUGGAACUUACACCUGCACAGCCAGUAACCGACUUGGAGAGGACAGCAAGCAGUUCGUCAUUGAGCACAAACCUUCAGACAAUACCAUCUAUAUAAUAAUUACCCUGGGACUCCUUGUGCCUGUGGUGCUCAUCAUCACCUGUUCUGUGCUGAUGUGGAAAUCCCGACAAACGCAUUAGCUAACCUGUCAGGUGUUCAAAUGGAUGGCAGACCACGGACACUCAUUAGAUAAAGAUACACGGCUGGUGCCUUUUGGCUUCCGGCUAUGAUUUUCAGGCUCCCAUCAGUGUCCCUGUACUGCAUAAGAGGCCAUGGAUGAUGGACUGAAUACAAUAUUGCAACAAUUAUACACUAUAAUCAUGAAAAUAUACUCAGGAGCAUGGACAGCGGAACGUGCCAGAGAAAGGCCGGAGGGGGGGUUUAUGGCGGAGGAGGGGUUUACUUUCUGCCUUUUCACUUUUAUUGACCAAACAGAAAUGUCUGUUGUUUCAUAUUACGCUCUAUCAUUUCUUUAUGUAGCGAAAUACACCGCUCACGGCAACAUUUUUUCAUCGUUUGGAUGAUGGUUUGCAAUGUUAUACGCCAUCAAGUGGGAUGUGGCACUUGUAUGGAAGGUUUUAAUUGGCAGUCCUCUAAUUAGUAAUCUAAUUAGAGAGUUACAGCAAAAUCGCGCAUAUACAAUGGCCCUUUCUGGAUAAGACCACCCACCCCUCCCCUACACUGUCUUGUAUGUCGGAGUUCCAGUGUGUUCGUAAGCUGUAUUGUGGACCUCCACUCCAUCCCACUGUCCCUUCAUGACAGACACCAAUGUAUCAGAUUGUUGUCUGGUAAUACAAAAAAAAAUAGGAAUAAAAUCCUGCCAGUU